AAAUAGGGAGCCAUAGCAGUUGCACUGUAGUUCCUAACACAAGGAAAUUAUAUUGACAGUUGCUUUAGUGCUGAAUAUGGACCGUGUAUAUUCUAGGAUAGGUGAAAUGUCAACAAAAGUGCCAAGCAUUAAACUGAAAAUUGAUCCUCGGGAUCUACAGAUCCAGACCUUUACAGUGGAGAAAUUAUUGGAACCAUUGAUAAUUCAGGUUACAACACUAGUGAACUGUCCACAGAAUCCUUCUAGUAAGAAAAAGGGCCGUUCCAAAAGAGCUCGUGUCUUGUUAGCUUCUGUGGAAGAAGCCACAUGGAAUCUGUUGGACAAGGGGGAAAAAAUUGCCAAGGAAGCAAUUGUGUUUAAAGAGGAACUUCAUGCAGCACUUGCCGAUGUCCAAAAAGAGAGUCAAGCCUUAAAGGUAUCAGCAGAGGCAUUUACCAGUGAUCCCUGCUAUCUGCCUAAGAGGCAAGCUGUUGUCCAAGCAGCACGAUCUCUGCUUACAGCUGUCACAAGGCUUCUAGUUCUGGCAGACAUGGUUGAUGUGGCAUACUUACUGGAACAUUUAACUGUGUUUCAAAGAACAUUUGAAUCUUUAAGAAAUGUAUCCAGUAAAUCUGAUCUACAGAAAACCUACCAGAGGUUUCGAAAAGAUCUGGAAAAUCUUGAUUAUUUGGCAUAUAAGCGUCAGCAGGAUUUGAAAUCCAGCAAUCAGCGAGAUGAAAUUGCUGCAGCACGUGCAACCCUGAAGGAAAAUUCCUGUCUCCUACAUUCAAUAUGUUCAGCUUGUUUGGAACAUUCAGAUGUUGCAUCCCUAACAGCCAGCAAAGAUUCAAUUUGCAAUGAAAUACAGAAUGCUCUCAAUGUGAUUUCUAAUGCUUCCCAAGGAGUUGGAAAUAAAGUGGAACAACCUACAUCUCACGCAGCUACUCUUGGAAGUGCCCUUGAUGAACUUGAGAAUUUAAUUAUUCUGGAUCCUCUUGUCGGGAAUGAAGAGAAAAUAAGGCCAUCACUAGAGAAACGUCUGGAAGCUAUUAUCAGUGGAGCGGCUUUGCUAGCUGAUUCUUCCUGCACGCGUGAUUUUCAUCGGGAACGCAUCAUUGCUGAAUGCAAUGCUAUCCGCCAAGCUCUCCAAGACCUACUUUCUGAAUACAUAAACAAUACGGACAAGAAAGAGAGAAGCAAUGCCUUGAAUGUUGCAAUAGAUGGUAUGUGCAAGAAGACAAGAGACCUCCGCAGACAGCUCCGUAAAGCCAUUAUAGAUCAUAUCUCAGACUCCUUCUUGGAUACCACUGUUCCACUUCUAGUUCUCAUUGAAGCUGCUAAAAAUGGAAGAGAGAAAGAAAUAAAGGAAUACGCUGCUAUAUUUCGAGAACAUACCAGCAGGCUUGUGGAGGUUGCAAACCUUGCUUGUUCAUUAUCAACAAAUGAAGAUGGAAUGAAAAUUGUCCAAAUGGCAGCUAAUCACAUAGAGACUUUGUGUCCACAGGUUAUUAAUGCUGCUUUAGCUCUUGCUGCCAGACCAAAAAGUCACGUUGUGAAAAACAAUAUGGAGAUGUAUAGGAGUACAUGGGAGAAUCACAUCCAUGUCCUUACUGAAGCUGUGGAUGACAUAACAAGUAUUGAUGAUUUUCUUGCUGUAUCAGAAAGCCAUAUUCUUGAGGACGUAAACAAGUGUAUCAUUGCACUGAGAGAGCAAAAUGCAGACAAUUUAGAUCGUGCAGCAGGUGCAAUCCGAGGGCGUGCUUCAAGAGUAGCUCAUAUUGUUUCGGGUGAGAUGGACAAUUAUGAACCAGGGUCUUACACUGAAGAAGUGAUGUCAAAUGUUCAGUAUUUGACCAAAAGUGUGAUUCCGGAGUUUAUAAGUCAAGUAAAUAUUGCAUUGGAGAGCUUAAGCAAGAACACAAUGCAUCUUUUUGAUGAUAACCAGUUUGUGGACAUUUCUAAGAAGGUGUAUGAUACAAUUCAUAACAUCAGAUGCUCAGUCAUGAUGAUUCGGACACCCGAGGAGCUAGAAGAUGUAUCUGACCUUGAAGAAGAUCAUGAUGCGCGUAGUCGUACAAGUAUCCAGACUGAAGGGAAAACUGACAGGGCAAAGAUGACUCAACUGCCAGAGGCCGAAAAGGAAAAGAUAGCUGAGCAAGUGGCUGACUUCAAAAAAGUCAAGAGUAAGCUUGAUGCAGAGAUUGAAAUAUGGGACGAUACUAGCAAUGACAUCAUUGUUUUGGCCAAGAGGAUGUGUGUGAUUAUGAUGGAGAUGACUGACUUCACAAGGGGUAGAGGACCACUGAAGAACACAUCUGAUGUAAUUAAUGCAGCAAAAAUGAUUUCAGAGUCGGGAUCAAGGAUGGAUGUCCUAGCACGGCUGAUUGCCAAUCAGUGUCCAGACCAAUCAUGCAAACAGGAUUUGUUGGCUUACCUGGAACAGAUCAAGCUGUACUCCCAUCAGCUCAAAAUCUGCAGCCAAGUUAAAGCAGAAAUCCAGAAUCUAGGUGGAGAGCUCAUCAUGUCUGCUUUGGAUAGCGUCACUUCACUAAUUCAGGCAGCCAAAAAUUUAAUGAAUGCUGUGGUACAGACAGUGAAGAUGUCUUAUAUUGCAUCCACAAAGAUUAUCAAGAUUCAGAGUCCUACUGGCCCACGACAUCCUGUUGUCAUGUGGAGAAUGAAGGCUCCAGAGAAGAAGCCCCUAAUUAAAAGAGAGAAGCCAGAAGAAAUCUAUGCGGCUGUCAGAAAAGGUUCUGCAAAGAAGAGAAUCCAUCCUGUUCAAGUCAUGAGUGAAUUUAGAGGCAGAGAGGUAGUCUAAUAUUCUGCCACUUUUUGGUUUCUAUCUUGAAUUUCUCAUCUUUGAAUUUUCAUCUUUUCCCCCACUUAUUUAAUAAUUGCACUAUGAUAAUGUUUUGCUUUUCUCUAAAUAUGUAAGGUAACACUUAAAUUAUUUGAAAACGCUUUUAGAUUAAUUAGAAACACAUAGUAGAAAAAAAAAUACCCAUUCUCUUGCACUGACAAACUUAUCAUGGCUUUAUACUGGCAUGUUUUCAGAAGAGCACUUUGAGAGAUACAUUAUGGGAUGGUGCUGUCAUUGGAAAGGAGGAUGUGAUCUGCCAACCUGCCCAAAGUUGUACCGCAUUCACUAGGCUUCAGCGUUCUUUUACCAGGGAUGAAUGUGGCCACUGUUAAACUCCAUGUGUUUUAUGACAUACAGCUUUUCAUACAUUGUGCUCUUGGGCCAGAUCUUUUAUCAGCAUCAUUACACCAUGAUCAAAUCAGCUGGACUGCUUGAUGCUAGCUGAGUCUAGGCCAUCAACUUGUAUCUACAUUGAAAGAUCUAAAGAUCUCCCCUCAUCCAAGGCCCAGUCUUGGAAAUUUAAGUUUGAAAAUGUUUUAUGAAACAGAAGGAAUGUUCUAACAACAUGGAUGUAACAAUGUAAUAAUAAAAAAAAGAACUGACUGCAACAUAGCAGUAAUAAUAGCUCUUUA